CCAAUCGCAUCACUCCACGAUACAGGGAACGCUCUGGAAUCAGCGUGGUGCGGCCGGCGAUGAUUGCCUUCUGACUUUCUUCAUAUAAUUUCAAGGGAUACUCGAACACAUCAGGUGAUGCAUUUCGGUUUCAUUCUACUUACGCUCCUUGCAAUUCAAGGAAUCCACUGUGAAGAUGAAGAAACUAAGGAGAAGGCUGAGCCAGCACCCGAGAUUGUAUAUAACAUUCCAAAGCCUGCAGGAAACGUAUACAUUGCAGAACAUUUUGACGACCUAGACGCCUUCAAGGAAAGGUGGGUUACAUCCGAAGCUACCAAGGAUGGCGCGGAAGAAAACAUUGCGAAAUAUGAUGGUAAAUGGGAAGUUGAAGGCGCCGAAAAGAGCCACCUCAGAGGUGAUCUGGGCUUGGUUCUCAAAUCCAAGGCACGUCAUGCCGCCAUUUCCUCAAAGUUGAACAAGCCCUUUGUCUUCGACCACAAGACAUUCGUGCUGCAGUACGAGGUGCAGUUCCAGAACGGACAGGACUGUGGGGGAGCGUAUAUCAAAGUGCUGUCUGAUGCUAAAGAGAACGAAGACCUGAAAAAGUUCAAUGACAAGUCUCCCUACACAAUCAUGUUUGGUCCAGACAAGUGCGGGACGGAGCACAAGCUGCACCUGAUCUUCCGUCAUCGUAACCCAGUGAACGGCACCUACGAAGAGAAACACUGGAAGAAAUCCACAAGCCUCAGCAAGUUUGAUGAGGUGUUUAAGGACAAGAAAGCACAUCUAUUCACCUUGAUCCUGAAGCCAGACAACACGUUCGAAAUCCUGGUGGACCGUCGUUCCGAGUUCAAGGGCUCCCUUCUCGAAGACUUCAACCCUCCCGUGAACCCCCCGGCCGAGAUCGAAGAUCCCGACGACCGCAAGCCCGAGGAUUGGGACGAGCGGGAGAAAGUACCCGACCCGAAUGCCAGCAAGCCCGAGGACUGGGACGAGGACGCCCCGCGACAGAUCCAGGACCCCGACGCAAAAAAGCCCGUGGGAUGGCUGGAUGAUGAGCCCCUGCUUGUUCCGGAUGCAACUGCGCAAAAGCCAAAGGACUGGGAUGAUGACAUGGAUGGGGAGUGGGAAGCGCCUCUUGUCAACAAUCCAAAGUGCACAGACGUCGGUUGCGGAGAGUGGAAGGCCCCGAUGAUUGACAACCCCAAGUACAAGGGCAAGUGGAGGGCACCCCUCAUCGACAACCCAAACUACAAGGGCAAGUGGAAACCCCGCAAGAUCCCCAAUCCCCACUAUUUUGAAGACCUCAAUCCUUACCGCAUGACCACAGCGGUGGCAGUUGGCUUUGAGCUCUGGUCCAUGUCUGCCGACAUCCUCUUCGACAAUGUGGUUAUCGCGGACGACCCGGUUGUCGCGGAUCAGUGGGCUACUGACACGUGGGUGCUCAAGAAGGAAGCUGGGGACAGGGAAACGGACGGCUUGUUUAUGCGUCUCUUGAAGUACACGGAGAAGUAUCCCUGGCUAUGGGCUGUCUACACGCUGGCCAUAGGCCUACCGGUUGUGCUUUUCAUCUGCUUCUGUUGCACGUCGAGCUCCUCGGGCAAAACUGCGACCGCAGCAGCAGCUGCCGCUAAGCACAAGAAAUUCGACGACGCACCUCUCGCUGAGGAUGAGCAACAUGAAGAGGAGAAAGCAGAAGAGAAUGCUGCCAUAGAAGAGGAAGAAGAGGAAGAGGAGGCUGCUGCAGGCAAUGAAGAGGAGUUGCAGCAGGAAGAGACCGGUGCAGGGGAUAAGGAAGGUGUGGAGAGCACCUCUGAAGAAGGCAGCGGGGAAGGGGACGAGGCAACCGAAGAUGGCGGAGCGGGAGACUCAAAAAAAUCUCCACGAAGAAGGCGUGCUCGCAGAGACUAGGAAAGUGCCUGCAUUUUUGGCAAGGACAUUUUUUGCAUGUGCAAGCCACAUAAGUGAUCCUACUUGAAGCCUAGGAAGGUGUUUCGUUGACUUUUUUGACAUGAGACUGGGAAGGGGGCAUGAGGGGGGGGGGGGGAGGGGGAGUUAGGUUUAUGCCAUUGAAGCCGUGUCGUUGGUCAUUUAGAGAGCCACUUGAGUUCAACCUUUGUUGUGCACAUUGUACAUCUCCCGCGCAAGAUACGAAAAAUGCAUAUUCAUCUCGUCUCAUUUGUCUCCCCGGAGCAAUGGUCUUUUCUUCAGCAGCUUUAGUUUAUAGGCCAGUCUUUUUCGUACAUUGUCCCCAUUGAAUGGGAAGAAGUUUACCAGUGUGUGUGCGUGUGUGAUCAGGAUGGAUGGUUGUGUACAUGUGCUUUGUAAGUUAUUUAAUAAAGGCUGUCCUAGGUCAAAGAAUAUCAAACAUA